AUGACGAGGCCGGACAUCGCCUUCGCCUGCAGUAAGCUGGGGAGCGGCCUCACGGGGUGCUCCCCCUCCCCCCUUUUGCCCUCUAUUGCCUCUACUACUGCCGUCGACUUUGUUGGCACCGAGUCGGUCGGCACUGAGUCUGCCCCUAGUGGGAGACGCCGCACCGGCAAGGGCAAGGGGAGCAAGGGCGAUGGAGGGGCUGGCGGGGGUGGUGGAGGUGGCGGUGGAGGCGGCGGAGGGAGUUGGGGUGGUGGUGGGAGUGGUGGCGGGGGUGGGGGCUUUGGUGGCGGCGGUGGAGGCGUAGGCGGUGGCGGUGGGAGUGGAGGAGGCGGCAGUGGCGGCGGUGGCGGAGGUGGCGGCGGCGGAGGUCCAGCUGGUCGGGGCGGCUCUACGCAGCAGGGGGCUUUGAUAGUGGUCAGCGCCAGCAGCAGCAGCAGCGCACUCGUGAGACCCAGCCCCCCCAGCAGCUUCGUGAGUGGUACGCUGCACUUCAGCGGGGCGGGGGUUGCUGGUCCUUGUGCCUACGUACUGCGAACCGGCGACCGCACUAGUGAGCCGUGCGGUGGCCCUCACACCACCCAGCGCUGCUUCGGCCGCCUGACGGACGCUUGGCGUCUCAAGUUCCCUGACGCCACUGAGAUCCCCUGCUGGGGCGAGCUGCUUAGGUCGGAGGUUGCCAUCUUUGAUCUAGAUUCUGAUGCUAUUCUUGCUGCCAUGUAUGUUGUGUCUACUAGUGAUAAGGGUGACCGUUACCUGUGUGUUCCGCCUGACCCGGACAUUGAGGCUGCUACUCUAGGUGCUGGUGAGGCUGCUGCUCUAGGUGCUAGAUGCGUCUGCUGCACCAGGUUCUGGUGA